UGGCAACCGGUGCCGAGGCGCCCCUGUGGAAGUGACGAGCUCUGAGAUUCUGCCUCUUUCUCAAGCCUGCGGAAAGGGGGCGGGUCCGAGACGCCGGCCGAAGCCGAGGGCGUCUCUGGAGGCCCUGGUGCCGGAACGCUUUCUGGCGACCGGAAGCCUGGACCGGAGCUACUGCAGGGAACUGGGUCUGAGACCCUAACCAGGCUCAGACCCCAAAUGGCGCAGUGGGAGAUGCUGCAGAAUCUUGACAGCCCAUUUCAGGAUCAGCUGCAUGAGCUCUACUCAAAUAGCCUCCUGCCAAUGGAUGUUCGACAGCACUUGGCUGUCUGGAUUGAAGAUCAGAACUGGCAGGAAGCUGCACUGGGAAACGAUGCUGCUAUGGCUAAUAUGCUAUUCUUCCACUUCUUGGACCAACUCAACUCUGAGUGUGGCCGAUGCAGCCAAGACUCUGAGUAUUUUUUGCUACAGCACAACUUGCGAAAAUUCUAUCGGGACAUUCAGGCCCUUCCCACUGGCUCUACCCAGUUGGCUGAGAUGAUCUUUAAUCUCCUUCUGGAAGAAAAAAGAAUUCUGACCUGGGCUCAGAGGGCUCAGCUGUUGCAACAAGAGCCAGCCCCUGAAGCACCUGGGGAGAGCCAGCAGCAUGAACUUGAUUCCCGGAUCCUGAAAUUACAGGCUAUGAAGGAGAAGCUGGUGAAAUCCAUCAGCCAACUGAAAGACCAGCAGGAUGUCUUCUGUUUCCGAUAUAAUAUCGAGAAAUCAGUGAGGACUCCUUCUCUGGACCCCCGUCAGACCAGACAGAGGGACAUUCUUCAGGAAACACUCAAUGAACUGGACAGACAGAGAAAGGAGGUGCUGGAUGCCUCCAAAGCACUGCUAGGCCAGUUAACUACCUUAGUUGAGCUAUUGCUGCCCAAGUUGGAGGAAUGGAAAGUCCAGCAGCAGAAGGCCUGCAUUGGAGCGCCCCCUGUCGGAGGGUUGGAACAGCUGGAGAAGUGGUUCACAGAUGGAGCGAAGCUGUUGUUUCACCUGCGGCAGCUGCUGAAGGAGCUGAAGGAGUUGAGUCACAUGGUCUCCUAUCAGGGGGACCCUCUGAACGAAGGGGUGGACCUCCGGGAGGCGCAGGUCACAGAGCUGCUGCAGCGCCUGCUUCAGAGAGCCUUUGUAGUAGAAAAUCAGCCCUGCAUGCCCCAAACUCUUCAUCGACCCCUCAUCCUCAAGACAGGGAGCAAGUUCACCGUCCGAACAAGGCUGCUAGUGAGACUCCAGGAAGGCAAUGAAUCACUGACUGCGGAAGUCUCUGUUGACAGGAAUUCUCCCAAGUCACAAGGCUUCCGGAAGUUCAACAUUUUGACCUCAAACCAGAAAACUUUGACCCCCGAGAAAGGCCAGACUCAGGGCUUAAUUUGGGACUUUGGCUACCUGACUCUGGUGGAGCAGCGUUCAGGGGGUUCAGGAAAAGGCAACAGUAAGGGGCCACUGUCCGUUACAGAGGAAUUGCACAUCAUUAGCUUCACAGUCAAAUACACCUUCCAGGGUCUGAAGCAGGAGCUGACAACGGACACCCUCCCUGUGGUGAUUAUUUCUAACAUGAACCAACUCUCAAUUGCCUGGGCCUCUGUUCUCUGGUUCAAUCUGCUCAGCUCAAACCCCCAGGAUCAGCAGUUCUUCUCCAACCCCCCGAAGGCCCCAUGGAACUUGCUGGGCCCUGCUCUCAGCUGGCAAUUCUCCUCCUAUGUUAAUCGAGGCCUCGACUCAGACCAGCUAGGCAUGCUGAGGGACAAGCUGUUUGGUCAGAACUCCAAGACUGAAGGUGCGUCGUUGUCCUGGGUUGACUUCAUUAAGCGAGAGAGUCCCCCUGGCAAGCUACCGUUUUGGACAUGGCUCGACAAAAUUCUGGACCUGGUACAUGACCACCUGAAGGAUCUCUGGAAGGAUGGACGUAUCAUGGGCUUUGUGAGCCGGAACCAGGUGCGCCGGCUGCUGAAGAAGACUGUCUCUGGCACCUUCCUGCUGCGCUUCAGUGAAACGUUGGAGGGGGGCAUUACCUGCUCCUGGGUGGAACACCAAGAUGAUGACGAGGUGCUCAUCAACUCUGUGCAGCCCUUCACCAAGGAGGUGCUGCAGUCACUCCCACUGACCAAGAUCAUCAGCCAGUACCAGAUGCUCACGGAGGAGAACAUACCUGAGAACCCACUGCGCUUCCUCUACCCGCGAAUCCCCCGGGAUGAGGCUUUUGGUUGCUACUCCCAGGAGAAAAUUAAUCCUGAGGAGCGGAAGAAAUACCUGAAACAUAAGCUCAUUUUUGUCUCUAACAGACAGGUGGAUGAGCUGCAGCAACUGCCAGAGCUCAAGUUGGAGCCAGAGCUGGAGUCAUUAGGGUUCACAUCAGGGCCUGAGCACGGGCCAGGCCUGGACUUAGAGCCACUGCUGGAGGCAGGAUUGGAUCUGAGCAUGGAGCCCACGCUGGAGCGCACGCUGGAGCGCACACUAGGCGAGGUGUCACAGGGAGUCCUAGAACCACACCCAGAACCACAACUGCAGCUGGAGCCUAUUCCAGAGCUCGAUGUACAGGCCAUGCCAGAACCAGAUUUGCCCUAUGAUCUGAGACACUUGAACACUGAGGACAUGGAAAUCUUUAGGAACAGCAUGAGGAUUGAAGAAAUCAUGCCAAACGGUGAUCCACUGUUGCCUUGCCAGAACACCAUGGAUGAAGCUGAUGUCUUCAGCCCCAGCCACUUCUAUGCAGAUGGGCCCUUGAGCCCUUCUGACUACUAGGAGCUACAUUUCCUCAGAUCUUUCUGUGCAUCUGCCCUCCUACCCCUCACAUCAUGACACUGCUCUCCAAGGAUGGACAUGAGGCAUGUGCCCCUUCUAAACUGGGCUAACCCUGGGGGAAUGUGAGGGAGAAGCAUAAUAUGGGUGAGGGAGAGGCAGCAAUGAAUCAGAAGAGAUGUUACCCAUGGCUCCGACUAGGAGCCUGGAGGCUGCCUGCUGUGCUGGGAGGUACAGGCAUUCAAGGGCAGGCCAGGACAGUUAGGAGGUUCCUGUAUGGCUCAGGGCAGUGGUUUCUUUCCAGUAUGGAAGGCUUUCAACAUUUUAGUGACUGAUAAGACUAACCUGGUGCUCAUUUCAUCUUUCUGAAAUGCCCUUUCUGCUCAUAACAGCUCUGACUGUUGGCCAAGAAAGCAGGGAAGGAAGCCCUGGGUCAAGGAGCAAGAGAGGGCCACGCAUAGGAGCGAUACUUCCCAAUUGCAGUCCCUUGUAACCUCAUUCAGCUUGCUCAGCCUUAGCAGGGAUUAUGGCCAAAAAGAUCCCAGUUACUCUAUAUACCAAGGGGUCACAAGGUAAGACCCCUUUCCACCAUAGCCCUGCAGAGCAGAAGGAUGCAUUUUAUAGUGCUUUGACCCUAUUUUUCCAUUCUGUUUCUUUUUACUGACAAGCCUAGACUUAGAGAUCCACAUAAAUAAGUCUUUAUUGAAAAAGGUACAUAAUUCAGUAUAAAUAUAAUAAAUAAUCCUCAUCCCCAAGCUCCUGCCACUAUAAAUAAUCCCAAAAUUUCCCUUCCCAUGUAGUAAAUAUUCAGCCUUUCCUGGGUCAACAUCAUAAGUCAGUCAGUUUUGGUAAUUUUUCAACAGAAUAAGUCUCAUUAAAAUUAAUGGACCGAUGAACUCAUUGGCUCACAGGUGUCUAGGUUGAUAGAUUGAUCUUAACAUUACUGAGCCAUGGAGGUCUGCGUGUCAUCCUUAAGCUGCUGGCUUUAGGGGCUCAGAGUUGCUGCUCCGUGGGCAAAGACCCGGGCAGCUACAGCCACAAAGGCCUGGAGGCUUCGAAGGAUCUUGAGACGGAGAAGGAGGCGCUGCCAUGGCUGGCUGGGAAUAGGGCUUGGAGUCUGCUCAGCUUCCCAGUGGUGACCCUUGGGCUGAAAGGACACAGGACACAAUCAGAGAGGACUCUAAAUCAUUCACCCCACCCCCAUCCCCAGGCACUGUCUCUGACACUUGCAAGCCCCUCUCCUCCAGGUCCCUAGUUCAUACCUGCAAGAGUUCCCUGAGGCCCAGUAUGGAGGCGUGAAGCUGGUCCACAGGGCCAUCUGGGAAUAGAGAAGGCUCCCCUGUGAAAAUAUCUGAGCCCAGAAGCUUCUCGUAAAAAACCAGGCCUCGAUGAAUCCUUUGCAAGCAGGACUGGGGAGAAAAGAAAGCCGUGAAAGAAGACAGAUACGGGGACUUCCCAGGCGGUCCGGUGGUUAAGAUGCCACGCUUCCACUGCAGGGGCCAUGGGUUUGAUCCCUGGGUGGGCACAGCACAGCUCAGCCAAAAUCAAAAUAAAAAAACAGAUCCCUUGUAAUUAUUCCACCAAAGACUCACCUGAUAUUUGCCAUUCUUAAGACAUGGCUGUGAUCUGAAUGUUUGCGUCCCUGUGAAACUCGUAUGUUGAAAUCCUAACCCUCAGUGUGGUGGUGGUAGGAAGUGGGACUUUUGGGAAGUUACUAGGUCAUGAGGAUGCAGCCCUCAUGAAUGGAAUUAUUGGUCUUAUAAAAGAGACCCACAGAACUCCUUACUCCUUCCCACAAUGUGAGGAGACAAGAAGUCUGAUCUGGAAGAGGGCCCUCAUUUAACUGCACUGGCACCUUGACCUCAGACUUCCAGCCUCCGGAGCUGUGAGAAAUAAAUGUCUGUUGUUUAUAAACUA